AUGGGGCGAGCCCUCAAGUACCAUGAGCAAAAGCUGCUGAAGAAAGUGGAUUUGCUCGAGUGGAAACAAGAGAACAACGUGCACGAGAUCAAAGUGAUUCGGCGGUACCGAAUUCCUGACCGCGAACAGUAUCACAAGUACAAUCGACUCGUUGGCCACAUCUCGCGAGUGGUCUCGCGGCUGAAAAAGCGGCCGGCCACGGAUCCCUACCGGAUCCAGACGACCACUGCGUUGUUGAGCAAAUUGUAUCACAUGGGACUGAUUCAGACGCAAAAGAGUCUGCUCAAGGCCGAAGAAGUGAAUGUCUCGGCCUUUUGUCGACGGCGUCUGCCUGUCGUGCUCGUGCGCGUGAAAAUGGCCGAGAGUAUUAAAGAAGCCACGACGUUUGUGGAACAAGGACAUGUCCGUGUGGGGCCGACGGUCGUGACGGAUCCGGCGUUUCUGGUCACGCGGUCGAUGGAGGACUUUGUCACGUGGGUCGACAGUUCCAAGAUCAAGCGCACGAUCAUGAAGUACAAUGACAAGCUCGACGACUACGACCUGCUGGGCAACUAA